CCCCCCCCCCCCCCCCGCCUGGACUGGGCACUACCCUCGUUAAACUUCCCCUUUUGUCGCUCUCUUUACUCAAAACCCCUUUACCGUCCCUCUGCUUCUGCUUCUGAGGUUUCCUUCGCAGAGUUGGAUGGAGGCUGUGAGCUACAAUUGUGCAAUCCUCAUUGAUCAGCUCCAUCCCGUGUCCGGAUAUUCGACUCACAAUACACCAUGAAGUCGCGAAUACGUCCCUUUCUAGUACCGCUGGCCGGCUUACUUUCCUUAACCAAUGCACUCACUCUCGACACAAGCAGCUUCGAUUCCAUCAAAUCUGUGACCUCUACUUUAGCAUACGAUAUGAUGACCUACUAUUCAGGCAAUCAGUCCGGACAAGUGCCAGGCCUGCUACCAGGUCCGUGUGACUCCACGGCUUGUUAUUACUGGUGGGAAGCAGGCGCGAUGUUUGGGUCUCUGAUCCACUACUGGCAGUAUACUGGGGACGACAGCUAUAAUUCUGUCGUGACGCAAGCUUUACAGUUUCAGGUUGGACCCGAAGAGAACUUCAACCCUCCGAACCAGAGCAAGAACAUGGGCGUGGACGAUCAAGCCUUCUGGGCAUUUACGGCCAUGGACGCUGCCGAGGCGAAUUUGCCGGAUGUCGGGGGCGAUGCUCCUUCCUGGCUGGCUCUGGCCCAGGCCGUAUUCAACUUUCAAUCAACCCUCUGGGAUGCCGCCACAUGCAAUGGGGGAAUGCGUUGGCAAGUUUACUCAUUUAACGCGGGUUACAAUUUGAAGAAUACCAUCUCCAACGGCGGCAACUUUCAACUGGCAGCGCGUCUCGCUCUAUACACCGGGAACCAGACCUAUGCGGACUGGGCCAUCCAGAUGUGGGAUUGGAUGGAAGCGAGCCCGCUGUUUCAAUUUCAGGAUAAUGUCCUUUAUAUCUGGGACAACACGGAUGCGACCAACAACUGCACGGACGUGGCUCACCAUGCCUGGACCUACAACUACGGCACAAUGCUGAUGGGCGCUGCUGCUAUGUACAAUUACACCAAGGGGGCCGAGCCGUGGGGAACGCGUGUCGACCAGAUCUUGCAAGGGGCGUUCAAUCUAUUUUUUCCCGCGGAAUACGGCGGCAACAUCAUGACCGAGUUCCAAUGUGAACCAAGCAUGGUGUGUAACAACGACCAAAGCAGUUUCAAGGCUUACCUGUCUCGGUGGAUGGCCGUUACGGCCUUGCUUGUGCCCAGCACAUAUGACAUAAUUAUGCCAAAACUGCAAGCUAGUGCUGCCGGCGCAGCGCAACAAUGUACUGGAGGGGAUAAUGGUCGAAUGUGUGGGCGGCGGUGGUAUUCCAGCUUUGAUGGCUCAUCGGGCGUGGGGCAACAGAUGCAAGCACUUGCUGUCAUCGGAGCAUCAACUAUACAUCCAGCCAUUGCGCCCAAAACGGCGGGCACUGGAGGCACAUCGGAGAGUGACCCCAAUGCUGGGAAUGAUGCCGACGCCGAUCCGGUCCAGUACUCACCCAUCACAGUGGGAGAUAAAGCUGGUGCUGGGAUCCUGACGGUGUUUGUUAUCGGCAUCAUUGUUGGAGGUACCAUUUGGAUCAUCAUGUAGAACAUGUACAGGAAUAAGAGGGCAUCAUUGGAGUCCAUUCUGGUUCUACGUCCAAGCAUAUCAUAGGAGUCUAUAGCGGGCCUUUGUGCAUUGAAUUUGAUCAUGCGUCCCAAGAAAGGAUUGACGCACAGCGUACCGAGUAGCUAGUUCUAUUGGCUCCGUCGUAGCCUGACCUGCUUCUCAAGGGUCGAGGCUGGCUGGCGAGG